UAUAACGAUGCGAUUGUGCAAUCACGGUUUUUUCUGCGGAACUUGUUGCCCGCUUUAAUGAUCGCUAUUAUACAUCGUUAAAUAUUCAUUUACUGUCUGUUCUAUCCUUAUUUUUUCUGACCCAGAAUACAUUUUUCUUGCCCAGAGUAAAAGAUGUAUCCAAUAAAAUAUACGAUGCCGAUUCAAUGCACAUUCAAUACUGCCUUCGGCAUUUCCGCAGUCUCGUGGGCGCGCACUUCGCUCCCGGCAGCAGGCAAGAAAGAGAAACACCUCCGUUCAUAAAAAUGUAUACGCAUAGAAUUUUCAUAUUAAUUAACAGUGUCUAACAAUGUAGCUUAUCAUCGAUAUAGCCGAUAUGCAAGAAUACAUUUCCAUUUAAUUCAUAUUUUAUUAUUUCAUUAUAAAUAGGUGGAAAUCGGAGAUUUGAAAUAAAAGUUUAAUUAUAUGCAAAUAAUUAGUGUAAAAUAUAAAAUAGAAACAAAGGUCAUAUUUUCAGAACGCACUUACGACGGUAAAAGCGCCUCUAAAAGUGGCUUAAAAACCAUGUGAUUGGCUGAGAAGGCGCUUUGUCAUUGUAAACAUGUUCUAAAUAUGGGUUAAAAUUAUGUAAAUUAUGUAAAUUAAUAGUUGUAACAUACAGGGUGGCUCACAUAACUCUUACCAACUCGAUUUCUUAUAUUCGUCCCGUUUGUGUAGUAGUUUUAACGAUUAUGCUACAAUACUUCGAAAAUCUUUUUUCUCUUUCUUUCUUGCUCGCCCGCUCGCUCCCGCGAACAUCAAAAGAUUUAUUCUAACAGUGUUGUUUGGAAACAGAUCUGUUAGCGGACACUUUUCAUACGCUUGCCUUCAGUGGAAUAAUGUCUGGCUGAUCUCCAGCAUUGUCUGUCGUUAUACAAAUAGCAUAUUCGGUUUUAUAUCUAUUGAAUAUUUAUUAUAUUGAUACAUAUCACUGUCAUCAUUAUUAACAAUGAGUUUAGCAAUCGUGAGUGCAAUAAUUGUGGGAGCAACGACGUUAAUAUGUUGUCCAUUUAUUCGGCAACUUUGUGAAGCGAUCGAAAAUGUGCAAUCUGAAAAGAGCAAAUUAAAAAAUGAUAUUAAUACUGAAAAUUGCGUUACAAACGCGAAUACAAAUUCAUCAGCAAAAAGUGAACAAGUUCAGCAAAAUGUUCCCAUAAAACCACCUCGCGUGUUUAAACUAUCGUGCGAAAAAGGAGAAUCCAUGACAAUGUGUAAGGAAAAGAAUUUUCCUCCAGAAUUUAGAGUAAAUUGCGAUCCGACAUCGUACGACAAUGGCAGAUUGUUGAAACUUGUUGAUCAAGUGUUUGCAAUAACGACCGCCGUAAUAAGCUAUCUGGAAUCGCGCGAGGAAGCAGGGUUGCAAGCAGUAACAACAUUUUUAAAAAGUCAUUCCAGUUCGUUACCGGUCAGCAACGAGCUGCAGAAGCAGACACCGGUCUCCGGAAUCGUUAUUGAUUCAUCAAAAUCAGUAUCCCAGAUUCCAGAGUUGGAGGUGCCAACAAUAUCUAUAACAGGAUCUAAGACAAACUUGAAAAAUUUGCAAAAUAAUUACAGCAGCCUUGCUAACCAUGCGGUGAUUGAGGAUAAUGAAAUCGAUUAUUUACAACUGCCUACGCAUACAAAGUUCGCACAGGAUAUGAAAUCGAAAGAAAAGGAUCGAAAUUAUAUGCAAUCGACAUUGAAAAUUGAUUCCAAAAGUAAAAAAAAGAACACAUUGUUUAAAAAGUUGCGAAAAUGUGUUCAACCAUUGUCUACGAAAUUUCGACAAUAUUUCUGUCGCAAAAGACAGAAGCAAGAAAAAUGUUGAACAAAAUGAAAUGUUUAAAUAAAUUUUAUAUUUAGUUGAUCAGAACGUUCCUUCGAAUGUUUAACUUUUCUUUUUAUCUCUGAAAACUCUGAAGGAACUUUCCUAUCAAUCUGAUCAAAUGUUGCUAAGAAUUUAUCAGAAAUUUGUAAGGCCGUGAACCUUUCAAAACUAUUCCGAUCAAAAUCGAAUCCAGAACGAUGCGGCAACGUUUUGUGUUAUAUAACAUUAUGCAGACUUACUUUGAGAAUAAAUAAUCUCAAAUGUAAGAAAAUAUCGUUGUACAAUCUCUUUGUAUAUUAUCGAAAAACUAAUAUACGAUCUUUCCAAGUCU